GUGUUCUGGCUCCCGGCUCCUAUCUCAGGCAGGGUGAGGGCCUAGCUGAAGCUCAGUCCCAGGACAAGCCCCUCGGCCCCUGUGAAUGUCACUGUCAGGCACCUCAAGGCCAACUCUGCAGUGGUCAGCUGGGAUGUCUUGGAGGAUGAGGUUGUCAUCGGAUUUGCCAUCUCUCAGCAGAAGAAGGAUGUGAGGAUGCUGCGCUUCAUCCAGGAGGUGAACACCACCACCCGCUCGUGUGCCCUUUGGGACCUGGAGGAGGACACAGAGUACAUCGUGCAUGUGCAGGCCAUCUCCAUUCAGGGCCAGAGCCCAGCUAGCGAGCCCGUGCUCUUCAAGACCCCACGAGAGGCUGAGAAGAUGGCCUCCAAAAACAAAGAUGAGGUUACCAUGAAGGAGAUGGGGAGGAAUCAACAGUUGCGGACAGGCGAGGUGCUGAUCAUCGUUGUGGUCCUCUUCAUGUGGGCAGGUGUGAUCGCCCUCUUCUGCCGCCAGUAUGACAUUAUCAAGGAUAAUGAGCCCAAUAACAACAAAGAAAAAACAAAGAAUGCAUCAGAAACCAGCACACCAGAGCACCAGGGCGGGGGUCUCCUCCGCAGCAAGGUGAGGGCAAGACCUGGACUGGGUGGGUGGCCCUGUGCCUUGUCCCUGGACUGCAGAAGGGGUCAGCUUAGGGUCUGGCAUGGCUGCAGCUGAGCAGAGCCAAGCUUGGCUGCUGCCUGUAUGACACAGAACACUGCAAAUUAAUUUUGGAUCCUCUCCUUUUACAGGAUGCCAGGAGCCAGUGGUGGUCUAAA